AUGUCACUACCUCACGAUGCUAUACUUGAUAUGCUCAAUCAAGUCGAGUUGGGCAAUUCAAACACAGACGACGAGCUAAUCCUAAUGAUUCGGGAUAAGCUACUCGAAGCGAGUGAGGAAUCAAAUAUUGUCUUGUUAGCUCAAUUCAGUAAAUCCUUAUACACGAUCAAAAAACCCCAGCUAUUAUUUCCAGCACUUGAGUUGUAUCAGGCAGAUAAGCCUGUGUUGUCCAAAAUUCCAAUUCAAGCUCUGUUGGAGAUGUUGGUCGAUUACUACAAAUACACAUUUUUCAACUUGGUGCAUAUACUCGUGGACCAUCCAACGGAGGCAAUCAAGGCACAGACCAAGCUUUUUGCUCAGAUUUACAAGAAGCUAAAUACAGAAGAGAAGCCAAGCGAUGAAGAGCUACUUUAUGCCCUGAUGGCAAAUAGUGUCGAUGAUUUAUGCAAUGAUAGAAAAGCCCCCCCUCAAUUUUCAAAUGAAAUCAAGACACAGGUUAAGAAUCAAAACACGUUUGUGGCAAUAAGGCACCUUUUCCAAAAUUCUGGAAUAAACAGAAUACCCGUAUCGUCGUUCAAAAGUUUGUUUGAAGUUGAUGAUGUGUCGGCCGUUUUUGAGGGACAAGAAUCGCUUCAUUAUGAGAUUGUGGACGACGUUCUAGUCUUGGAAACGAAACGGAGGCAGUUUGCAAUAGAAGAAAUGGUGGCAACACAGGUGGAGACUGCAAAGUUGACACAAAGGCUCAAGGAUACUUCAUGA